CGAAAAGACGGGGAUUUGUUGGAGAGCGUUACUUUCCCGGAAAUGGCUUUAGAUAAGGAGGUUGAAAAUGGAGGCGGCGGUGUUUAUUCUAUCGCUUAUCGACUGUUGCGUUUUGAUUUUUCUCUCGGUGUACUUUAUCAUCACUCUCUCGGACCUAGAAUGCGACUACAUCAAUGCGAGGGCUUGCUGUUCAAAGUUAAAUAAAUGGGUUGUACCAGAGCUUGUGGGCCUGGCGUUGGCCACAGUCCUCAUGCUGAUCUCCAUGCACUGGUUUGUCUUCCUCCUCAACCUGCCUGUGGCGGCCUGGAAUGCAUACAGGUUCCUGAAUGUGCCCAUGGGAAACAUGGGGGUGUUUGACCCAACAGAAAUCCACAAUCGCGGUCAGCUCAAGACCCACAUGAAGGAGGCUAUGAUCAAACUUGGCUUCCACCUGCUUUGUUUCUUCAUCUACCUGUACAGCAUGAUCCUGGCCCUGAUCAACGAUUGAGACCCCACCAACCUACGCACUCAAACUGCCAGAUUAAGAACCUGUCUGUCCUCUCUCCGCUGCGAUAAACUUGUCCCGUUUGUCCUCCCUGUCUGCCUGAAAGCUCUCGAGAGGUGCCAAGUCACAUUCCCCCCCCCCCCCCCCCCCCCAUGCGCCCUGGAACAAGGAGAGUGGCAAUGCAGCUCACAACUGCAAUCUCCCCACUGCAAUCUCCCCACUGCACUGCACUGCACAGCCAGGGGCAACUCGGACAAUUGUUUUCUGUUCUAGUGAGAGAGUAAACUGUGUGGGUGCGCUACGGUAGUUGUGUAGUAAAAGUGUGGCACUACAGGUGUACGCGGUGCCUUUGGGAGUGCGUGCGUGCGUGCGUGCGUGCGUGUGUGUGUGUGUGUGUGUGUGUGUGUGUGUGUGUGUGUGUUGAAAGCCCGGACCUACAAUGACGCCCAGAGUUCAUGCAAGGGGACGGGAAAAAUGAACUUAAACUUAAGUGUUAAAUUGGCUGUGAUUUCGUGAUUUAUUCACACUUUAUUCCUCCAUGAGCCGCACACUCCAGAGUCCCACCCCCAGCCUGAACACUCCAUACUCUCCAGUGUGUACCGUGCAUUCAGUGUGUUUGCAAUGGUUAAAGAGAUUUAAAUUAACAAGCUGUUCAGUGACCACUCUUCUGAAGAGGUAUCUCUAAUGUGGUCUCCCUGUCACAGUCUCCUAGUCUAAAGUCUCUUUCUCUGUGUUCCUGAGGUGUCUUUAAGUCUCUCCCAGGUUUCUGUGUGUAAAGGCUUCCCCCAUGUCUUUCUGUCACUAUCGGUGAGAUCUCCCACUCUGUAAGUCUCCCCCAGGUCUCUCUGUGUGUAAAGCAGUGGUCUCCAACCCAGGUCCUGGAGAGCUACUGGGUGUGCUGUUUUUUUAACCAGGUUAACUGUAAUCAACUGCUCUGAUUGAAGUGCAGAGUAACAGCAAAAACCGGCAGACCCAGUAGCUCUCCAGCAUCAGGAUUGGAGAGCCCUGUUGUAAAGUAUUCCCCAAUGUGCACCAAGGUCUUUCUAACAGUCUCUCCCAGACCGGACUGAAAUAAUGAGAAAACGGGUGGACCGUUACAGUUUCUGUUGGAGGCGUUUCGUUGCUGCUGAGUGUAUAGGGAAAGAAAACGUAUUCUUGGGUGUUUCUCAGUGUUUAAAAUGGUCUUUGUAAUGUUUUUAUUUUGGAUAAAUUCUCAUUAUGGGGGUCUCAUAAAUGUUUGACUAUCAUUUGGAGAGCAAAAGGUAUUGACAAUGUAAAAUAUUGGUAGAUGAUAAAACAGGAUUAUGCUUUUUGAAUUUUAAAAAAAAUAUUUGGUACAACAAAAAUCAUUCAGACAUGGAAACGGGGUUAGAAGUAACAUUUUGGUUUCCAUUCUGUCAGGUUGCACCCAAACAAAUAAAAGUAUUUUGGAAA